UAGGCUGUUCUAAUAAAUGGGCCUUUUGUAGUUGUCCAUCCAUCUUCUUCCUCUUGCCAAAUGACCCCCGCCGGCUGCCAUGGCCGCCGCCGACCGGACCUAGGCUAGGGGUUGCUACCUCCCAGUCCGACCUGCCGUGGCGCUUGUUUACUACCCACCCUGUCAGCCGAAGAAAGGGGAAGGCGGAGGUGAGGGCUGACCGGCUGAAGCAGAGUCCAGCGGUUAUUUUUAACCCCGUAGAAGAGGAUAGGGGAUGCCGGUGGCAAGGCCGGAGUCUCAGGAGCCCCGGGUGAUCGCCCAUGUUGACAUGGACUGCUUCUACGUCCAAGUGGAGCAACGGAGGAACCCAGCACUCAGGGGCCAGCCGACCGCCGUGGUGCAGUACAACGACUGGAAAGGCGGCGGUUUGAUCGCUGUCAGCUACGAGGCUCGCGGGUUUGGUGUGAAGAGGUCCAUGCGUGGAGAUGAGGCAAAGAGGGUCUGUCCUGGUAUUAAUCUGGUUCAGGUCCCUGUGGCGCGUGGCAAGGCCGACCUUAAUCUCUACAGAAGUGCUGGCUCUGAGGUUGUUGCAAUCCUUGCAAGCAAAGGGAAGUGUGAGCGGGCAUCCAUUGACGAAGUUUAUCUUGACCUUACCGAUGCCGCAAAGGAAAUGCUCUUACAAGCUCCCCCAGAUUCACCAGAGGAGAUUUUAAUUGAGGCAGCAAAGUCAAAUAUCUUGGGCCUUCCUUCUGAUGCCAGUGAGAAGGAAAAGAAUGUGAGGGCAUGGCUUUGUCGACCGGAUGCUGAUUACGAGGAUAAGUUAUUGGCAUGUGGAGCUAUAAUUGUUGCACAGCUACGAGUCAGAGUUCUGGAGGAAACCCAAUUCACAUGCUCUGCUGGGAUUGCUCACAAUAAGAUGUUAGCUAAACUUGUCAGUGGAAUGCACAAGCCUGCUCAACAAACAGUUGUCCCUUCUUCAUCAGUUCAAGAUUUUCUAGCAUCAAUACCUGUGAAGAAAAUGAAACAGCUUGGUGGUAAGCUUGGAAGUUCCUUGCAGGAUGAUCUUGGGGUCGAGACCAUUGGUGAUCUUCUAAGUUUUACAGAGGAAAAGUUACAAGAGCAGUAUGGUGUAAAUACUGGAACAUGGCUAUGGAAGAUUGCUAGGGGCAUUAGUGGAGAAGAAGUUGAGGAUCGUCUUCUACCGAAGAGUCACGGCUGUGGAAAGACAUUUCCUGGACCAAAAGCACUGAAGAACAGCGCUUCUGUCAAAGGCUGGCUGGAUCAACUUUGUGAGGAAUUAAGUGAACGGAUUCAGUCUGACCUGAACCAGAACAAGAGAAUUGCUCAAACACUCACUCUUCACGCCAGAGCGUCUAAGGAAAAUGAACGUGAUUCAACGAAGAAAUUCCCUUCUAAAUCCUGUCCAUUGCGCUAUGGGACUGGGAAAAUUCAAGAGGAUGCAAUGAAGCUAUUUCAAUCUGGCCUUCACGAUUUUUUAGAAUCUCAAAACACUGGAUGGAGCAUAACAUCUCUUUCAGUUACUGCAAGCAAAAUAUAUGAUAUACCAAGUGGAACAAGCUCAAUCUUGAGAUACAUUAAAGGUCCUAGUUCUGCUGCAUCUCCGGCUAUACCUGAUUCUUCAUCUGUACCGGAGGAUCCAUCCCUCGAUAACAAUGUAUAUGGGAUGCCAAUUCAUGAAGAACAAUGCGAGCCAUCUAUCUCAGAGCAAGAAGACGGUAAAAGAUAUUCAGGGAUUUCAGCCAAACAAUGUUCAGCGAAUGAAGAAAAAAGAAUCUCAAAGAAGUUGCCUGAAGUUAAGGGAACUUCCUCGAUAUUGAAGUUUCUUUCACGGGGUCAAUCUGCCCUCCAUGAGAAAAGAAAAUCCAAUGAACUGAUUUGCAGUCAUCCAGGUCCAGGGAGUUCCUCGGAAGCAAACAGAGCUGAAGAGCUCAAUGUGCCUGCACAAGGUGCAGAUAGAAGCAGCACCAGCAGUGGUGCUGAACCCUCUGGCAGUAACGCAUGGAUGUUCAACGUUGAAGAUAUCGAUCCAGCAGUAGUGAAGGAGCUGCCGCCAGAGAUCCAGAGAGAAAUACAGGGGUGGACCCGUCCAUCGAAGCAGCCGAGCACCAAGCGACGGGGUUCUACCAUUUCUUCGUACUUCCAGCCCGCAAGGUCUUAGAAGUGUUGAUAUGCUAGUCCUUAGAUUGUUUAUUCUUCAUUCUUCUCCAAAAAAAACAGCCCCUGUGUGUAUUGUAAACUGCGUAGAGGGCUCAAGUUCAAGCCAGAUACGUUAACAGUUGGAUGGUAGCUUGUCAAGAGAAGGGUGAAUCCAUUAUUGUUCGCCUCUGUAAAUAUGAUGGAAAUCUGAAUAUCAUUGCAUGUGUAAACAACGAUUUGUUCAUGUCCCGUUUAA